GACGCCGAAAGCGUAAAGAGAGCCAUAAUUCGCCGGGCCGUCCCGCAAUCAGGUUCGUGCUUUAUAAAUCCGCCUUACUCGUGACAUCCUUCGUGACGAAAAAAAAAAGGACGGUAGUGUGUAUCUUUUUACUUAUGUUACUCCGGUUGUACUGUCUCGUACAAUCCUCGCUCUGCGUGCAACUAGGCGAGAAAGAGCGACGUACGCGUGCGUUUUAAAGCGAUUCAUUGAUCCUUAACACGCGUAGCAUCGCGCGUGGCUUCGCGGUUCGUAUUGUCGCGCUUCUGGAGGAGACGAGUCGAGUGUUGCCGCGCAAGGAAGAGAAAAGCUUCGGAACUAGUGGUGCUCUGAGCGAGGCGGGGAAGAAAAUGAAAAGGAACUCUGUGCUUCGUUGACAGCUUCGCGCGCCGGAGGUCGUCCUACCCGUCACUCCUGGACUCCUAUCAGUUGACGCCGACUCUUCGUUUCACAACACAAUUCUCUGGAUUCCCAUCUUUUGCAUCAAUCAAUUUCCACAUGUCGCACCAUAUCGGGACGAAGGGACUCUUCGUUCAUUAUUAUUUUCAACCACUAGUACGAGACUAGCUACCGCAGAGAAAAAUACAAACCACAGAUACCAAAGAUUCCAGAACGGAGGAAAGAAGAGUGGGUAACCUGAAACACAAAAGAAUUAAACGAAAAGAAAAAGAAAGGAAAAGUGAAUAAGAGCCGGAAGGGGAAUGGUAAGCAAGAAUACCAGAAUAAGACAAAGUGUUUGUCAUAUAAAUAUUAAGGAUAAAAGAGCGAAGAAGAACCUUUGUAGGCUCAUUUCCCGGCAUUGGAUGUCGGACUGACGCGUCGACCGCGACGCAGAAGAAUAGAAGGUGCAAGCAUUUCGGUAUGCGCGAAAAAGUGAUAUACGCUGACAUCUCCGAGGAAGAGUUAAACAUUAAGAAGGGGCGAGAGAAAAAGAGAAGAUUUAUUUCCAUCAUAGGCUUGCAAGCCAGGAAGCGCGAUGGCGUAAUGCAAAUAGUUCCUCGAAAACUCGAAUCCGACCAUCAAUAUUACACAAGCGAAGUGGCCAAAUAAUCAAAAUAAAAAAAGUAGCCACUUCAAUUUUGGGGAAUUUCUACUGCACAUUUGUUAAGAUUGAUUUAAAAAUUUGGCAGGUUUUUUACCUGCGGUUAAGAGACUGCGACUCUGUCUCAAUGACCAUGUUUUAUUAAAAAUUUCGAGGAUAUGUAAAACUUUGAGAGUAUUGGACAUCGCUGAAGUUCGAGGUGCAACUAUUGCCACGUGUAUUUUAGCUGACUUUCCAUCAGGCCGGAUAGAUACUAUACUUUUGUACAGAUACUACAGUAUCUGGAACUAUUUGGUACUAUAAACUAAAGAAGAAGUAUCCAAGAAGUUCAACGCAGGACAUCUCUAAGUGUUUAUAACGUCGAAGAGUCGUUCUCUAAUAGAGAAUCUCUAUAUUGUCAAAAAAUAUGUGUAUUUUUUGACAAUUCCUUAUAUUCAAUUUGUGGCAUUUCAACAUACUUUUCUUAAAAGUGUGAUUAAGCAUAAUCAUCAUUCAUACAUCGUAUGAAUACAAUUUGAAAUAUCUCUACCUGGCGUAAUCGAUUUGGCAUCUGUGGAGAACAAAUUAGAAACAGUAGAGGACGCCGGACGCCAACCGCGAGCCAUCAAAAUAAGCAAUAGCGUCAGUAGCGUAACUUCGCGAAAUACAUACGGCAGCCCUAUCAUCUUGUGUUCUCGGUGUCGUCGACGUUUUUACCACGCGCUUCCAGGUGCCACUUCUAUCAUGACCCAAGUACUAUGAAAUUCUUCAACGUGGUGCACGCGAAGUUUCCCUUAUAUCUACUUUUAUUUGGGCGCUCAGUUUUCAUUUGUUGGCUCGCACUUCUGACGACGGCCGUCGCGUUAAGAGAUAUCCGUGACGAUCUUUACCGAAGCAUCAACAUCGAACAAUUGCAGUACGAGGUCGGGCGCCGUGACUCGAGUUACUCGAGUAAUUACGCUCAGUCGGCUCAGUGUAAAUUCGGGUGCGAUUGAGUCGGGAGGAACGAGAGCGGGAGAUUUCGAGAAACAGAGAAAGCGGAAGCGCGCGAGUGCGAACUAAAGAGAACCGGUGAACGUGAAGUGGUGGCCCGAGGGUGGAGUGAAGCACGAGGAGCGGUGAGCACGAUAGCACCGCGGGUCGUGAGUCUCAAGGGGACGGACGCCAUGGCGGCUUCUUCGUCCUCGUCGACUGGCGGAGAGCAGCAAUACUCUCUCAGAUGGAACGACUUUCAGGCGAGCAUCCUCAGCUCCGUACGUCAGCUGAGAGAUGUGGAAGACUUUGUCGACGUCACGCUCGCCUGCGACAGCUGCAGCUUUACCGCGCACAAGAUCGUUCUUUCGGCAUGCAGUCCCUACUUCCGAAACCUGCUCAAGGCAAAUCCAUGUCCUCAUCCAAUUGUAAUCCUGAAGGACGUAGCAUCGUCGGACAUGGAGUCCUUGCUGCGUUUCAUGUAUCACGGGGAAGUACACGUGGGCCAAGAGCAGCUACCUGCCUUCCUGAAGACGGCUCAGAUGCUUCAAGUGCGAGGUUUGGCGGACGUUAAUAGCGGCGCCACGAAAAUUCCGUCGUCGUCGGCCGGCAACAACGGUAGCGCACCUGCGACCCCGCGUAAUUGGCAGGAUAACGGAAGAGGGGAUCUCAAUGAAAGUGAGUUGAGCCCACCGGAAAAGCGAGCGAGAAGUUACAGUCCGCCAAUGGGUAACCAUGUCGAACCAAAGUCGGAUCUUCAGGAAUCCUUGUUAGGUCAGGCACUCGAAGGUGGUCCCACGAUACACACGACAUCCACAAACAAUAUACAGGCACAGUCGACUGGCGAGGACUCGAAUUCUAUGUCGGAAAACGAGGAAGAUAUUUCGAACCACGGCAGCAUCCUGAACGCAGUGAAGACCGAGCCGAGUGACAUUCUAAAUGACUCUUUAGAACACCAUCGAAACAGCUUCCCCACAGCAUUGUUGAGUCUUCAAGGGAUGAACAUGCCAGGACCCUCCGGUAUGCAUCAGGUAGCCAAUCAGGAUGCAAAUUAUGUAGUCAAUCGACGAAGUCUGGAUAUGAUUCGGGUUCGUGCAACGGAUCCUAGGCCUUGUCCGAAGUGCGGAAAGAUGUAUCGUUCAGCACAUACAUUGCGCACUCAUUUGGAAGACAAACACACAGUCUGUCCGGGAUACCGCUGUGUCUUGUGCGGCACAGUGGCGAAGUCGCGGAAUUCCCUACAUUCUCACAUGUCGAGACAACAUCGGGGCAUCAGCACGAAAGACCUUCCAGUUAUGCCGAUGCCCAGUAAAUUCGAUCCCGAGUUGGCGUCCCGUCUCUUGGCCAAGGCAGGAGUCAAGGUGAGUCCGGCUGAACUACGCGCACGGGCCAGUCCAACGGCGUCUCGAAGAAGUGACAUGAGGUUGGAACCACCUCGUGCAGGCGCGUCCGAAGCUGACAGCUGCGGCGGUGAUGAUCCGGAAGAUCUUACCGUGCCCCUUAGUCUUAGGUACAGUUCGCCAAUUUCGAACACCGUCAUUACUAAGGUAAGCGGGAACAGCAACAGUAGCACCAAUAGCAAGAAUUCGACGCUCGCUGUCAAGUCCCUGGAUUCUAUGCAUGGUAAUGGCGACCUCAACAUGGCACCAUUGCUCCCACACGGCAGCCAUCAUCCAGGCCACAAUACCAGUGCGAUUGUUGGACACUCGCCCCUCUUGGACACCUAUUUGCAGCUUAUUGCAGAGAGCUCUGGUCUAUCGACGAUAGGACUUAAUCCAGAGCAUGCGGCCGCCGCAGCAGCUAAGUUGCGUAUGAGUAUUGAAAAGCACGGCGGUCGUAGCUUGGAGGAUUAUCCUAUGAUCGGCAGAGACGAAGGUCGAGGCACUGCAGUUGUCCACGAGGACAGACAGGAAUAUGGCAGACACAGUGGACUUGUCGACGAAGUGGAUUCGUCAGGUGCGGAGGACGACGAGUUUAGCGAGAAUGAGGAGCCAGACGUGAUAAAGUCAGAAAUGUUAAAGUCAGAAGUAAAAAAAGAUUAGCUCCUCCCUCUUAGAAUAGCUAAUGAUUACAAAAGGCAUCAUCGAAGUUACUGAUAAUUCUUCGAGAUGAUCUACGGCAACAUAAAUUGACGACAAUUUAUGGUUAAUGAAGAAAGAGGAGGUAAUAUGUGCCAGAUCGUCCAUCCGAGAAAUCGACCGAUGAUUCUUGUUUCUUAUUGCGUGCUAUUGUUACGCGGAAUGGUUUGUGAAGUCUAUUGGAUGUCAGACAUGUUUAAAGAGUUAAAAAGUCUCUGAAAUAUUUUAGAGACCAUAGGCCGACCAUACAAACGAUGCGUGGACAAGCUUGCUUGUUGGACUAGAGUCACUUAAUUGCCACUACGACAAGUAAGCUCUCAUAUGUAUAUGUGCAAAACCGUGUACAUAUACAAACACAUAUACGCGCGCGCACACACAUAUAUACAUACAGACACACACAUACGUACACACGCGCGUAACGCGUAUACGCGAAGAAGCACUUACAUAUAUGCCACAAAUAUUCCAUCCAUCUACCUCAGUGCACAUAAUAGAUGAUAGAACAGACUAAGUCGAAUCUCAGUAGAUGAAGAGAAGAUGAAGUACGCCGUUGGAUCGCAGAAUAACAAUGAUCACAAGGUUUGACGAUUGCUGCAAGUCUCGAGAUAUUGAACAUGAUGAUUAGGGAAGGCAAUUUUGCUGUUUAUUUCAAAAGUUUAAGCGACUUGAAAAUUUGAAGUGCUAAUUAACGAUAUUUGUUAUUAUAUUAUCAUUAUUAUGAAUGUUCAAUACAUGGUUAGAUAUAUUACUUGGAUUUAUAGAAACAUUAGACACGCAAACGACAUUUAGCUACUUAAAAAUUAUUUUUAUUUGGGUAACGCGCGUAACGAUAUAAUGUCAUGCCGUAUUUAUUAGAUGCACCAGAUUAACACAUUGAUAUAUGGAUUAUACGUUAAACAUACAUAUGAAUGGCACUCAGUUUCAUGAAAAAUUCUGCAGGAAGUCAAAUAUUUUUUUCAUAAUUUAUUUUUUUGCUAUAAAACAAAAAAAAACCAUUAUUGGACGACAAGACUUUUCACGACAAUUUUGUUAUUUUUUAUUUAAAUGACGAUUUAUUUAAAUGGCUUUCUCGAAAACAAAGUCAUUUGUAUAUGAAUGCUUCGUGUAACGUGGUGUCAAUGUGUUAAUAAUGUUUAAUGCACUUACAACUGUUUCUGCUCGCAAAGAAUAAAAAAUAUUGGUGUGGAUCGUAAAUAUCCACAAGCGGUUGCGAGCGCACCGAGAACCAUUAUAGACUUUAUUCACGAUAUAAGUACGGUAAUAAUUAUAUUUCAGUCUUGCUCCAAUUAAAUAUUCUUCGGUGAAACUUAAAUACAAUUGUUCACAUCAUCAGUUUGUUCAAGUUUCGAUAAUAUAAUAUAUGAUAAUAUAAUAUCAUUGAAUUUUUUAGAUAAAUAUUUUGUCAGAAAAGUACCAUAUUUUUCUUUAACUUUACGAUAAUAAAUAUAAUUACCUACGUGAUCCGUUAAAGUGCUCAAAUAGGUAGUUAUAAAGUGCAUCUACUUUUCAAAAAAAGGCCAAUUUAUUUGAAUUGCAGUUUGUUACAAAGAGAAAAUGCCUUUUUUUAAACAAGUAACAUAUCCUCUAAGAAAAAUUGGGGAAUUCUGUAAAAAGCGUGUACAAUUAAUAAUUUUGCAAUUUA